CGCACUGGCCACCAAAUCCAAUCCCUCCCAUUUUUCUCUCAAGAGUCCGUACAAAUCCACACCCGCUUUGAGUGUCUCUUUUAUUCGAAAACGGAAAGCCCAAUUUGGAGCUUCGCUUCCUUACGACCGUUUCAAAAAUAGUCGCGAAGCGACGGGCAAAAGCGCGUGAUUUGCUGGAGAUGGUACUAUGUCGUCGUCGUCAGUACCAGAGCUGACACUUGCAGAUUUAUUACUGUGACUCUCUCUCUCUCUGUAUUUUGGGUCUCUUGAUUCUGAGAAAAAAGUCUGGGAAUUUUGGUACUUUGAGCUCUCUGCUCUCCGUUUGUCUUUCUUUCCGUGUUCGGAUCGUCAAAAAGUUCUCUGCAGCUGCUGGAUCUCCAAGUCUGAGCUGAUUCCCAAGCUUCGUCACUUUGGCAGGUUCUCUUUUCAAUCACCAGUAGAAUCUCUCACAUUAGAUUGGUGAAGGAAGGGAAAGGAAAAGCAAGAAAUGGGCAAAACGACGACGAGCAGAGACUGGAGCCAGAUCUACGCGAUCUACGGCGUGGAGCAGUGGCAGACCCUGGUGUUCCUCCUCCUCCACGCCCUCCUCUUCGCCGUCCUCUCCGUGCUCUACCUCCUCUACUUCGACCCCAUCCGCGCCUUCUUCGAGUCCAUCCUCUCCGUCACCAUCUCCCUCCCAGGCGGCGCCGCCCGAUUCGCUGCCGGAUUCACGGGCUCCGUCACCGCCCUCUCAGCCGUCUGCCUCUUGUUCGCCGCCGCCAACUUCUUCUACUCCGCCGUACCCCUCCACCACGCCAUGGCCCUCCGCAUGCUCUCCUCCGUCGACGACUGGUCCACGGUGAAGCACGCCCUGGACCUCGGCUGCGGCCGGGGAAUCCUCCUCAACGCCGUGGCGACCCAGCUUAAGAAGGAGGGCAGCUCCGGGCGGGUCGUGGGUCUGGACCGCUCCAAGGCCACCACGCUCCGGACCCUCCGGACUGCGAAGCUGGAGGGGGUCGGAGAGUACGUGACGUGCAGAGAAGGGGACGUGAGGAGGCUGCCCUUCGGAGACAACAGCUUCGACGUGGUGGUCUCCGGGGUGUUCCUCCACACGGUGGGGAAGGAGCACGGCCGGCACCGGACGGUGGAGGCGGCGGCGGAGAGGAUGAGGGUGGUGGGUGAGGUGGUGAGGGUGUUGAAGCCGGGUGGGGUGGGCGUGGUGUGGGACCUGAUGCACGUUCCAGAGUACGCGCGGAGGCUACAAGACUUGAAGAUGGAAGAAAUCAGGGUGUCAGAGCGGGUCACGGCGUUCAUGGUCAGCAGCCACAUCGUGUCCUUCCGCAAGCCCCGUCAACACGUCGUUGGCCCCGCGGAGGUCAGGCUGGACUGGAGGUGCUUGACACGUUACGACGACGUUGCGAUAUAAGUUACGGUAGUUACCCCCCUGCCUUUUCUUUUUCUUUUUUUAAUUAACAGCUAUUAACUACUUUUACUAUGCUACUGCUAGUAGUGCAUAGCAUGUUCUGGUUAAUUUGAAAAACACCAAGAAUUAAAGGAAAACCCAAAGAAAAAGAAAAGAAAAGAGAUUGGGUUAAAAUAUGAAUGUAAUUGUCCGGGAAGGCGAAGCUGACCUGGAUGCUUUAUUGGAAAACAUACUAGUAUAGGUCUAAAUCUAAUGAAUGUAGUUUGUUAUUAUGUA